AUAAUUGAGAAGAAACUUGAGAGGAAGAGCAGUAAGCCUCAUGAAGACAUCAUUGGUAUCAGAUCUCAAAACCAAGGCUCUUUGGCACAGGGAAAGAAUUUAAUGAGUAAAUUUUCAUCUCUAAAUCAGAAAGUGAAGCAGACCAAAUCCAAUGUAAAUAUUGGCAACCUACGAAAGCUAGGAAACUUCGCAAAACCUGAAACAAAAGUUAACUUUCUUAAACCAAACUUAAAAGUAAAUCUUUGGAAAUCAGAUAGUAGUCUUGAAACCAUGGAAAACACAGGAGUGAUGGAUAGUAAGGUCCAGGCAGAGUCUGAUGGGGACAUUUCUUCAGAUAAUGACUCAUACUACUCUGAUGAAUUCCUUACAAAUUCCAAGUCUGAUGAAGAUAGGCAGCUAGCUGAUUCCUUAGAGAGUGUAGGUCCGAUAGAUUAUGUUCUUCCUAGUUGUGGUAUUACUUCAGCACCUCGGCUAGGCGGUCGGUCCCAGUCUAUCAGCAGCACUGAUGUUAGCGUCCAUGUUCCUUCAGAGAUGACUGCUGCUCAAGGAAGUGGGCUCGGAAGAGGCCAGGAGUCUCCCUUGAAGAAAAGUCCUUCUGCUGACAACAUACACAUAUUGACUGGCUUUGCUAAGCCUGUGGAUAUUUACUGCCACAAAUUUGUGCAAGAUGCACAAAACAAAAUGACCCAACUAUCAGAGACCAGGUCUGUGUCUCAGCAGGCUAGUGAGGAAGGAAAUCAAAUGACCAAUCAGGUUGCCAAUGAAGAAACCCAAUCAGAAUCAAUGGAACAGACACCUUCUCGACCAUCUCAAUUAGAUGUGUCUUUUUCUGCAACAGGCCCACAGUUUUUGUCAGUUGAACCAGUACAUGCAGUUGUAUCUCAAAAGACCCCUGGCUCUGGUUCCAGCAUGCUUGAACUUGAGACAAGGCUUCACGUAACUCCUUCUCCUUCAGAGAGCAGUAGCAGCAGAGCAGUCUCUCCCUUUGCCAAGAUUCGAAGUUCCAUGGUCCAGGUUGCAAGUAUCACUCAAGCUGGAUUAACCCAUGGGAUAAACUUUGCAGUGGCAAAAGUUCAGAAGAGUCCUGCAGAUCCUGAAGUGGUUAAUGAAGCCCAGCAAAAUGAACUUAAAAAUAUGUUUACACAAUGCCAGACAAGAAUAAUUCAGAUUUAGGUUUUUAGACACAAAGAAUCCAGUGAUUUUUAUUUUAAAAAUGGAAAAA